CAGGCGCGGCGGCCGCUGCGGGCCGGCCCGCGGGGCUGAGGCCGAGCCGAGCCGGGCCCGCGCCCGGCCCGCGCCCACCAUGCGGCGGCUGCGGCGCCUGGCGCACCUGGUGCUCUUCUGCCCCUUCUCCAAGGGCCUGCAGGGCCGGCUCCCGGGCCUCAGGGUCAAGUACGUCUUCCUGGUCUGGCUGGGCGUCUUCGCGGGCAGCUGGCUGGCCUACGUGCACUACUCGUCCUACGCGGAGCUCUGCCGCGGGCACGUCUGCCAGGCAGUCAUCUGUGACCAGUACCACAAGGGCAUUAUCUCAGGCUCCAUCUGCCAGGACCUGUGCCACCUGCACCAGGUGGAGUGGCGGACCUGCCUCUCCUCCGUCCCCGGCCAGCAGGUAAGCCCAGCAGGGUCAGGCCAGGGUCAGCCCGGGGCCCAGACGCCCUCGGUGCAGCCGGAGGGGGACGUCCGCACGGAGCAUCCCUGUGGUCCUGUGCAGGUGUACAGCGGGCUCUGGCAGGGCAAGGAGGUGACCAUCAAAUGUGGCAUCGAGGAACGCCUGAGCUCGAAGGCCGGGGUGGACGGGGCCUCCCGGCGGGAGCUGGUGCUGUUCGACAAGCCCACUCGGGGCACCUCGAUUAAAGAGUUCCGGGAGAUGACCCUCAGCUUUCUCAAGGCGAACCUGGGAGACCUGCCCUCCCUGCCCGCGCUGGUCGCACAGGUCCUGCUCGUGGCCGACUUCAACAAGGACAACAGGGUGUCCCUGGCAGAGGCCAAGUCGGUGUGGGCCCUGCUGCAGCGCAACGAGUUCCUGCUGCUGCUGUCCCUGCAGGAGAAGGAGCACGCCUCCCGGCUGCUGGGCUACUGCGGGGACCUGUACGUCACGGAGCGCGUGCCCCACCGCCCCUGGCCUGGGGCCGCGCUCCCGCCCCUGCUGGGCCCGCUGCUGCCGCCCGCCCUGCACGGGGCCCUGCACCAGUGGCUGGGGCCCGCGUGGCCCUGGCGCGCCAAGAUCGCCAUCGGCUUGCUGGAGUUCGUGGAGGAGCUCUUCCACGGCGCCUACGGGACCUUCUACAUGUGCGAGACCACGCUGGCCAACGUGGGCUACACGGCCGAGUACGACUUCAGGAUGGCCGACCUGCAGCAGGUGGCGCCCGAGGCCGCCGUGCGCCGCUUCCUGCGGGGCCGCCGCUGCGCGCACGGCGCGGACUGCACCUACGGGCACGACUGCAGGGCGCCCUGCGACACGCUCCUGCGGCAGUGCAAGGGCGACCUGGUGCAGCCCAACCUGGCCAAGGUGUGCGAGCUGCUGCGGGACUACCUGCUGCCCGGCGCCCCCGCCGGCCUGCGCGCCGAGCUGGGCCGCCAGCUGCGCACGUGCACCACGCUGAGCGGGCUGGCCAGCCAGGUGGAGGCGCACCACGCGCUGGUGCUGAGCCACCUCAAGACCCUGCUCUGGAAGGAGAUCUCCAACACCAAGUACACCUGACGCUCAGCCCUGCCCUCCUCCCUCCUCCCCCUCCCCACCACCAGAGGACCGGCCACUCCGGCCGCUCCAGCGUCCAGACCCCAGUGGGUUCCUGCCCCUGCGCCCCCACCCCCUGGGGUUUUCUGGGCUCCCAGACAGGACCGUUCAGCUGCAGGAGAGGCUGGAAGGAAGGACCUGGGGCCCGAGCACCAAGGGCUGGCCUGGCCGAGGGCCCUGCCCAGGCCAAGGUUUUGUUACUCUGGAGAACAUACGUGUAAAUAAAUAGCUUUUCUGUGAGUAGCCAGUCUCCUCAGCCCACUCUGGACCACAGUCUGGACAGUCUGCUGGAGGCCAAGGGCGGGUGGGGGGCGGCCACCAGGGAGGCCCCUCCCAUCCCUGGAGCCCCGUCCUGGUGGCUGGUGGGGGUUAAGACUGGAGCCAAGGGCGAGGGUGCCUGGAGCUGAGCUGAACCCCCAAAUUGUGGUUCACAGAUGGGACUUAAGUGUGAGCUCACAGGAUUGUUUUCUCACUCAAGUAUCUGAAGUGAGUCCACACUAACUCCUCCCUACAUCGCCUGCCACAGGGAACAGUGCGGCCCAAUCCAGGACUUUCCACUGACCUCGGUGAGCCACUGGCUGCAACACCCAUUGUCUGGGAAAGAGCCAAAGGUCCCACCUUCCCGUGCC